CAGGCGCUCGCUCGAUACGACGAAUGAACAAAAUAUAUAAUAAUAUAUACAGAAAUUUGAUAUUAAUUUUAGCAGAAUCAACUGUGAUCUCAUUCGAAUAUUGUUAAAAGAGAAAAUGUUGGUUGUAUUAUCGCCGUAAUUUAAUUUAAAAAAAAGCAAGUUCCAUAGCGUUUUUCGACAUUAUACGUGUUAGAAGAAUAUUUGUUUAAAAAAAGUCCAAAUAAAUUAGUUAAAACGGGUUCCGAAACAGUUAAUCGUUAUACAAAACCAAUGUAUAAGGCGGCAAUAGCCGUUUUAUUCAAGAAAAGAGUCGUCAAACUCGAAUCUACGGAAUCUGAAGACCACUUUCAGUACAUUUCGUUACCUCCUGACAUCCCAAUAAGAAAAUGUCACUACCCAGAACAUUCAACUAUAAUCAGGAGUUUUCGAACCUCGACGAUCAGGUCCUGGGCUGCUCGGCGCCUCCCACGACCGCGCUGUCGUGCUCCAUUGACCUUCCAACAGAGAAUAAUGUUGAGGCGACUCUGUCUUCAGACAAGGCCGGGUCGUUGCUCUCAGUGCGUUCGGCCCCAAUCGAGAAGCAAAGACCUACCAGUCUGGUGUUGGAGCUGCCUUUAGCUACGCAAGUCGGCGCGUAUCUCUCAGCGAUGUCUCCGACGGAGCAGGAGGAGGAUUCCCUGCUGACGCUGUCUUCGGUGACGGCGAGGCCACUACUGGCCGCGUCCAGGAAGUUGAGACCUCCAGGGUCGAAUGCCGAGAGCAUCGUCCCUCCCGACGGCGGAUACGGCUGGGUGGUGGUAUUCGGCGCGUUCAUGGUUCAGUUCUGGGUGGCCGGUCUCUUCAAGUCCUACGGGGUUCUGUACGUGGAGAUAAUGGAGACGUUUCCGGAUUCGUCAGCUUCGGUCGCUUCGUGGAUUCCGGCCGCUCUGUCGACGUUGUGCUUGGCUUUAGCGCCGCUGUCAUCGGCUCUCUGCGAGAAGUACUCCUGCAGGCUGGUCGUGUUCAUCGGGGGCCUGUUCUGCGCGAGUGGACUCGCUCUCUCGUUCUUCAGCACGGGACUGCUACAUCUGCUGCUCAGUUUUGGGGUCAUGACCGGUAUCGGCGGAGGACUGUCCACAACGCCAGGCAUCGUCAUUGUGUCGCAGUACUUCGACAAGCACAGGGCGCUGGCUAAUGGUAUUUGCGUGAGUGGGACGGCUGCCGGUAGCUUCGUCUUUCCGAUGUUGAUCGAGAAACUGGUCGAUGUAUAUGGACUGCACGGAACCGUUCUUCUGUUAGGUGGGGGGAUGCUGCACGUGUGCGUGGCGGCGACCUUAUACCGUCCCCCGCCGGUGGCAGGCUGCGGGGAGCGGACCCCAGCGACCACCACCACGACCGAACACUCCACUCUACUCAACGACAUCAACGAUGGUGGCAAAAUCGAGCCGCUCAAGGACAACUGCCUCCACAGCUUGUUCCACCACAACCCCGAACUGGCCCUGAACCAGAAGAACGUUUUGCUGCAAGAAGAAACGAAAAGAAUGAACCUAAUGACGGAGAUAAUGCAUCCGAACUUAAUACAAGUAGUGCGACAGUCCCAGCUGUCUGACUCUGAAGAUUCCGAAGGGAUGGACGUCCUCGGAGUGGUCGGUCUUCCGCGCGAGGUAGUGAGACUACGCCUCCGGCCGAUCAGAUCCUCGUCGAUCCUUCAUUCAGUUGAGGACCUGUCUACAGACAGCACUUGCGUCUACAAGGCUUCGAGAAGGAAAUUGAGUCGCUCUCUGUAUAUUCGUCCACCCGUGACCAGCCGCUUGACACAGAGUAAGCUCGCCGACCAGGUCAUCAGGAAAGAAGUUGAAAUUAAGUCCGAAGAACCCGAGAAGAAACCGAGCAAGGGUUGCGUUGAAAAGAUAUCCAGAUACUUGGACGUUUCGCUGUUGAAGUCGUGGCGAUUCGGUUUGCUUUGUACGUCUGUGGCGCUGAUGUCCUGUGGCUCCCCUUACGCGCUUUACUACUUGCCGGCGUACACGGUCGCCAUAGGGCACACGAAGGCAGCCGCCGGUCGGUUGGUAGCCAUCAGCGCUGUACUGGAUCUGUGCGGGAGGCUGGGGCUGGGCUGGCUGUGCGACCUACACUUGUUCUGCAGACGGAAAGCUUACAUCAUCAGUAUCUUCGUGGCUGGAGCGGCUGUGCUGACGCUGCCGAGUCUAACUUCCUGGUGGUCCCUCGCUAUAGUCUCAGGAGCGUACGGCCUCUGCCUCGGCUGCUGGUUCCUGCUGGUUCCCGUGCUGCUGGCGGACGCCUUCGGCACCGCGCGCAUCGCAUCCUCGUACGGGCUCGUCAGAAUGUUCCAGAGCGUAGCGGCCGUCUCUGUACCACCAACUGCAGGGUACAUUAGAGACUUGACCGGAGGCUUCUCCUGGUGCUUCUACGGGAUGGGAUCCUGCAUGGUCCUGGGCACGAUCCCGGUCAUAGCGUUCCACGUCAGCACCAAGAACGACGACAAUGGCUCCACGGUGGACUGAGUUUGCUCAGCCGGAUUGUAAUAUCAGUGUGUUUAGUGCGAGUUCUCUAACGUUCUCGAUAUCGAAAAAGUUAACUCAAGUAUGGCGUUGGAACGUUUGCCUACGUUUGCCGCUAGGGACGCUGUUCCAAUUGCAUUCGAGUUAACUUUUUCGAUAUCGAGAACGUUAGAAAAACUCGCACUGAGCACAAAGUAUGGUACAGUGCCAGACGAUAAAUAUCGCACAUCGAACUUUAGAAAGAGAGAAUCGGCUAGCUUCGUAGAGCGUUGUCUCUCUCGCACACAAUGAACGAUUACCAAACGUCCGUACGUAGGAAGUGUGCGAGAGAGACGACGCUAUAUGAAAGCUAAAAUAGCCGAAUAUCUCUUUCUAAAAGUCGAUGGGAAAAUUCUUAUAGCGGGAUACGGUAGAAGCUCUUUAUUCGCUUGGUUCAUGUUCCGUGAAUACGCCGCGAAUGCAGAAACCGAAGUGAAUGUGGAAUGAUAAUUUACAUAUAUGGGACGAUCAUAGGGGAUACGUUCCGUACGUGACAAAAUAAUAACAUACUUUAAGCGUAGUAGUAAUAAGGUCUGUUUUACGUUUUUUAUUAGUUAGUUUGACGACGCAUCUACAAAGGACAUUCGGUUGGAUACUUAAGUAAAUAUUAAUAUCCUUUUUAUCAAUGUGCAUGUACCGAU